UAGGAGACUAUGGCGCACCAAUCCACCAUUAGCGUCACUGCGCUCACUGCUCCUAAAGCAGCUCCUCCACUGUUCUCUCUGGUCCCCCAUCUCUCCCCCCCCCCCUCUCUCUCUCUCAUGUCAUCAUUCAUCAAGUAUAAGUCACUCUGUUUUCUUCAUUUUUCAUUCUCCAGAGUCCCAUGGCUUUUCCAUGUGUUUCUUUCAUUCUUCUUCUUCUUCUUCUUCUUCUUCUUCUUCAAGAGUCUUGCUUUGUUCUUUCUCGGCUUUCAACCAAUGUUUACAUUGUGUAUAUGGGAGAAAGACCCCAUGAUGAACCAGAACUCAUUGAAGACUCUCACCACCAAAUUCUCUCAAAUCUCCUUGGAAGCGAAGAAGCUGCCAAGGAAUCGAUUUUAUACCACUACAAACACGGGUUCUCAGGGUUUGCUGCAGUUUUAACAGAGUCUCAAGCCAAGGUUAUUGCAGACUUCCCUGGAGUUGUCCGCGUGGUUCCCAACAGAAUUCUCAGCCUACAAACAACUAGAAGCUGGGAUUUUCUCCAUGUAAACCCUCAUUCUGGGACUGGAAUCCUUUCAAAGAGUCUUUCGGGUUUUGGGUCCAUCAUUGGCAUCAUAGAUACAGGGAUAUGGCCUGAGUCUGACAGCUUUAAAGAUAAGGGCAUGGGUAAAAUCCCCUCUCGCUGGCAUGGGACAUGUCAAGAAGGAGAACAAUUUAACCGCUCCAACUGCAACAGGAAAAUAAUCGGUGCGCGUUGGUAUAUCAAAGGAUAUGAGGCUGAUUUUGGAAAGCUGGAUACAAGUGGGGGUGUUGAAUUCUUGUCUCCUAGGGAUGCAGUAGGCCAUGGUACUCACACUGCUUCAAUCGCUGCGGGUUCUCUAGUAAAAAAUGCAAACUUUAGGGGACUAGCUCGAGGAUUGGCAAGAGGGGGGGCUCCAUCAGCUCAGUUAGCUGUCUACAAAGUCUGCUGGUCUACUGGUGGAUGCAGCUCAGCGGAUGUUCUUGCUGCAUUUGAUGAUGCUGUUCUUGAUGGGGUGGAUGUUCUCUCAGUGUCCCUGGGCUCAUCCCCGCCACUUACUGCUUAUUUUGAUGAUUCUUUGGCCAUUGGUUCCUUCCAUGCUGUAGCUAAAGGGAUUUCUGUUGUAUGCUCUGCUGGUAACUCUGGCCCUUACCCUCAAACCGUCAUCAAUACGGCUCCAUGGAUCAUAUCAGUUGCAGCCAGCACCAUUGAUAGAGCUUUCCGAACUGUGAUUACCUUGGGGAACAACCAAACUCUUGUGGGACAGGCUUUGUAUACAGGGAAGAAUGUGAAUAAGUUCUACUCUUUUGUGUAUGGAGAAAGCAUUGUCUCACAAGAUUCAGAUGAAGAAAGCGCAAGAGGUUGUGACAUAGGAAGCUUGAAUGCUACUUUAGCAAGAGGAAAUGUUGUUCUCUGUUUCCAAACUCGGUCUCAGAGGUUCUCUGCCACUGCAAUAAGAACUGUACAAACAGUUGGGGGUGUUGGACUCAUUUUUGCCAAGUCUCCCAGUAAGGAUGUUACACAAUCUAUGGGAAUCCCCUGUGUCGAGGUGGACUUGGUUACAGGGACAUCUCUGCUGACGUACAUGGUGUCGACCAGCAAGCCUAUGGUCAAGUUUAGUCCCACAAAGACAAAGGUGGGACUACAGAGUUCCCCAGAGGUGGCUUACUUCUCUUCCAGAGGACCCAGUUCUCUUUCUCCCUCUGUGUUGAAGCCUGAUAUUGCUGCUCCUGGGGUGAGUAUAUUGGCUGCCUGGUCUCCUGCUGCUUCUUCCCCCACAAUUGAUAUGACUCAAAAAGAAUUACCUCCUGAGAACUUCAUGAUUGAGUCAGGAACCUCCAUGGCUUGUCCCCAUGUUUCCGGCAUUGUGGCUCUUCUCAAUUCCAUGUACCCCACCUGGAGUCCUGCUGCAAUCAAGUCUGCUCUUAUCACAACAGCCUCUGUGAAGGAUGAGUAUGGUCUAAAUGUAGUGGCUGAGGGAGCUCCAUACAAGCAAGCCGACCCGUUUGAUUAUGGAGGUGGUCAUGUAGAUCCUAACAAGGCCAUGGACCCUGGUCUCAUAUAUGACAUGGGAAUGAAAGACUAUGUCCAUUUUCUGUGUUCCAUGGGCUACAACACCACUGCUAUCCACUUAAUCACCAAGUCCCCAUGCCCCAAAAACCGAAACCGAAACCUCCUCCUGAACCUUAAUCUUCCUUCCAUCAUCAUUCCCAAUCUGAAGAAGAGCUUAGCAGUAUCAAGAACAGUGACAAAUGUUGGUCCAGAAGAGUCUGUGUACAUAGCCCAGGUUGAAGCUCCUCCAGGCACAAAUGUUAGAGUGGAGCCAUGGAUUUUAUCAUUCAAUUCCACCACAAAGAAGCUAAAGUUCAAGGUAUUCUUUUGUUCCCGGCAAAGACUACUAGGAAGAUAUUCAUUUGGGCAUCUGUUGUGGGGAGACGGCUUCCAUGCAGUGAGAAUACCAUUGAUCAUCGGAACCGUAACUGCAGAUUUGUAAGUCUUAGAGUGCAUUUGAUAGUGUUUAUCUUUGAAGUGCUUUCAGUGAAAACUUUUUUGUUUAGAAGUGUUUUUAGGGGAAUCGCCUAUCGAGUAUUUCUUUAAAAAUUAUUGUUAGUGAUUCUUCAGCUUUUAAAAGUGUUUUUUAAAUUUUAUCAAACAUCUUAAAGUACGUUUGGUAGUGAUUUUAAGAAAUGUUUUUAACCUUUGUAACAUUUGAAAAUUUUCAUCAUUCAAGUAUUAAAAAUGGUAAAAAUACUUCUUAUAAUCGACGUUAAAAACACUUUUUAGUGUAUUUAAAAGUGAUUAUAAAAUACUUCAAUUAUAAAAAUUUUGAAGUAUUAAAAAUAUUAAAAAUAUUAAAAAUUCUUCCUAAAAUUAUUAUCAAACGGGCUUUAAAAACACUUUUUAGGAUGAAAGUGCUUUUUAAAAACACGAUCGUACGGACUCUAAGCAUUAUUCAAAUUGGUGAGGACUAUCAUCACUAGAAACUCCUGCUUUGUUAGCUGCUGUGAGCUCUUCUGAUGAACUCAUUUUACUAGUUCAAUUUUGUGCAUCCAGGCAAAUAGCAGAAUGCCCUUGUUGAUUUUGUGGAUCAAUGUUGGACUUUAUUCAUAUUGAAGCCCUAGACUAUCUGAAUAGACUAUUUUAGUUAAAUUCAAAA